AUGGCUCUGCGAGCGGCCGCCGCAAGGCUGGCGUCGUCCACCCUCCGCCGCCGCCAGCUCAUCCCCGCGGCGGCGCUCCUCUCGCCCGCCACCGCCCACCCCGCCGCCUUCCUCCACUCCCACGCCACCAGCUUCGGGUACAAGCAGGUGCGCGAGGACGAGAAGAGCAAGCUGGUGGGCAACGUCUUCAGCAGCGUCGCCUCCAGCUACGACGUCAUGAACGACCUCAUGAGCGCCGGCCUGCACAGGCUCUGGAAGGACAGGCUGAUUUCGAAGCUCAAUCCGUUUCCUGGGAUGAAGCAUCUGGACGUGGCUGGUGGCACAGGGGAUGUUGCAUUUCGGGUAGUGGAAAGGAUCAAGAGCGUGAGCCACAGAGCUACGCAGGGCACUCUUACUGACCUUGAAGAGGACACUCACAUUUAUGUCUGCGACAUCAAUCCAAAUAUGCUGGACGUUGGAAAGAAGCGUGCUGCCGAAAAAGGCUACAACGAAGAGCAGUGCCUUAGUUGGGUACAGGGAGACGCAGAAGCUCUGAGUUUUGAGGAUGGGUCUAUGGAUGGCUAUACUAUCGCAUUCGGGAUCAGAAAUGUGACACACAUUGAGAAAGCUCUAUCAGAAGCUUACAGAGUUCUAAAGAAAGGAGGAAGGUUUCUAUGCUUGGAGUUGAGUCAUGUGGAUGUUCCAAUCUUUAAAGACAUUUACGACGCCUAUUCAUUUUCCGUGAUUCCGGCUGUGGGAGAGCUAGUUGCUGGGGAUAGGCAAUCGUACCAAUACUUGGUUGAGAGCAUCCGUCGGUUUCCAAAACAGGAAAAGUUUGCUCAGAUGAUCCAGGAAGCCGGAUUUGAGAGGGUCGAAUAUGAGAAUCUGGUGGGUGGUGUAGUUGCCAUUCACUCUGGACUGAAACUGUAGCAUAGUAUAGGUCAAAUAGCUGCACGGUAGAAAGACAGUUCGGUGAUGUUGGAUCUGAAUCAUACAUUUGGGGCUAACAUUUGGCCAUUUUCCUUGUUUAAAAAGCAUGUGGCCUUGUUUUGGUUUGUUAUUCCAUUUGAAAUAAGGGCAGAUGUUCUGCAUAGUGUUGUUCUUAGCUUUUGUGACAAUUUGGUCCAUAAAUAAAAACCUUGUACACGCAA